AACAAACGACGUAAAGUCGAGGGAACUCUGCCGUUCUCAUUCACGACUGGGGGUAGUGUUUACCAAUACCAGUUCCCCUCGAUGCCGGAGGGCAGUCAGUGUGUGGAGGAAAACGAAGCUGUCAACAUCCACUCACGUACAUCUUCUACUACUGAGACAGUUGACGUGGGAACAGACACAAACCAACUCAUUUCGUGUCGGAGUAAGUCCUGUCAGUGUGUGACACCCUCCUUGAUGUCGACUGGUACCCAGAAGAGCAUGAACACAUCUUGGUGCACAAUUGCUGUCCAGUGUACACCAGAUACAUGCGACCGUGCUACACAAUAUGAGGCACCAGGUGAUGCUGACAGCAAGAACAAUAUGCCUGACACAACUGAUGAUGGAAAUGACACUGAUGAAGAUUACAAUCCACAUUCAAGUCAGAUCAAGUUCGAAGAAUCUCAAUCCCAGCCAGAGUCCCUGAACAACCAUAUGGAAGAAACAAAGUUCCUGGUGUUUGAAUCCAAUUUGCUGUCACUUUUCAUGUUUUGCAAAUUCUGCUUUUAUUCAUGCAGAGCCAAAAUUUAUCAUAUCUGUGGUAGUCUGGUGACAGUGCAGGUACAGUGCCUCAGACACCAAGAGCAUGCAUACUUCUGGAAUAGUCAGCCAAUACACAAACAAUUGCCACUUGGCAAUUUAGCCAUAGCUUGUGCUGUUUCUUUUAGUAGUCUUUGCCCAGCAAAGGCUCUAAGGAGCUAUUCAACUAUGAACAUAGAAGCUACAUAG